GGAUCAAGACCGGAUGUUGUGAGCGCGUGACAGAUAGUUCCGGGGGGACCCGGUGUUACGGGCAGAUAUGGGGCUGGAGUGGAGUAGCCCCGGGGAGAGGCAGCCCUUGUUGUUCCCGGGUGGUCCCCGCUCUCCUCGGGUGUUUGGGCGGCGCUGGUUGGUGCUGCUUCUGUUCUCGGUGCUGGCCUUCCUCCAGGGCUUGGUGUGGAAUAGCUGGGGACCCAUUCAGAUUUCAGCCCGGACCGCCUACAAAUUUUCUGGAUUGGAUAUCGCUUUGCUUGUUCUAUGGGGCCCCAUCGGUUUCCUGCCCUGUUUCCUCUUCAUGUGGCUCAUGGACAACAGAGGUCUGCGAAUCACUGUGCUGCUCACUGCGCUCCUUAUGGUUCUCGGUGCUGGACUGAGAUGUGUUCCUGUGGAGGAUUUAGCAAUCAGAAGAAUACUGAUACAUGGAGGACAGCUGCUAAACGGUUUUGCUGGCCCAACAGUGAUGAAUGCUGCACCUUUCUUAUCUACCACCUGGUUCGCUCCAGAUGAACGUGCUACUGCUACAGCCAUUGCAUCAAUGUUAAACUACCUGGGGGGCGCCUGCGCAUUUUUGGUUGGCCCUCUUGUUGUUCCUGCUCCCAACUCCACUUCGGGCCUUCUCUUGUAUUCUGGGAGCACUGAUGCAAUUAAAGAUCGAAUUGAAGCGGUGAUGUAUGCAGAGUUUGGAAUAAUCUUUGUGGUAUUUGCUGCCAUACUGGCCUAUUUUCCUGCUCGCCCACCUGUACCCCCGAGUGUUGCUGCUGCCAGUCGCCGCCUUAGCUACAGAACCAGCAUCUUCAGACUGCUAAGCAAUUUGCGUUUCCUUCUGAUAGUGCUGGCUUACGCCAUACCACUAGGGUUCUACUCAGGAUGGAUUGGGGUCCUGGACUUGAUUUUAACUCCUGUUCAUGUCACCCAGGUUGAUGCAGGCUGGGUGGGAUUCUGGUCGAUUGUGGGCGGCUGUGUGGUUGGCAUCGCAGUGGGAAGAUUUGCAGAUUCCAUCAGAGGAGUGCUGAAGCCAAUUCUUCUGCUGCUGUUUUCAGGGGCAACUCUCUCAGCGACAUGGUUCACACUGACCUUCUUAAGCAAUGUCACCCACCUGCCUUUAACCACAGCGACACUUUACACCUCUUGCAUUCUGAUUGGCGUCUUUCUGAAUGGCACCGUUCCCAUAUUCUUCGAGCUGUUUGUGGAGACGGUGUACCCUAUUCCUGAAGGGAUCGCGUGUGGAGUCGUCACUUUCCUCAGCAACAUAUUUAUGGGAGUCCUGCUGGUGUUCCUCACAAUGUACCAAAUGGAGCUGUCCUGGCUGAACUGGUGCCUGACCGGCUCGUGCUUCCUCAGCCUCUUCUUCAUCGCGUGCUUCAGGGAAUCCUACGACAGGCUCUACCUUGAUGUCUUUGUCUCUGUGUAGCAGCUCCGGAGCGACUGUACAACUCAUUCUACAUUUGCACAAUGGGGCGGUGGGGACUCUGCGCACACCCCAUGCGGCUCCUGCCGGGAAACUCGUACUUUGUGACUUCUGAGUGUUUCCUAUGAACUGAACUCAACUGAACUCAAUGUGUCUCAAUACAUUAUACAAAUAUCAUUGUGGGAGUAACGAUGUGCUCGUUUUAAUUAAGAUUUAUUGUAACUUGCUGGGGGGGGGGACAGGGGGAAAUCUCUGGUUCAGUCCUUAAAUGGCAUUUUUCUGCUCUUCAGCAUUUACGUACUGGGGGUAUUUUUAUAUGAUUUCCCUUCACUUCUGCCCCCUCAGUGGGACUCGAGGCAUAUUGACUGCAAGACUAGAAAUAUAUUUGUCUUACUUUUGUCAUUCAGUCAAAUGUCUAGUUGCUAAAGUUAGGAAACCUAGCAACUAGCAAUUAAGAUUUCAGCAUAGCAUAAAAAUUUAAUUUAAUGCUAUAAAGUUAUGAGCUUAGAAUUUUAUUUUCUACAUUAUACCAAAAUGUAAUCCAGUAGAACCCCCAUUUUACAUUUUACAGGGGAUCAGGAUAAAAUGGUGUAAAAUCAGGGAAAUUUAUAAUGCGUAACAUAUAGGUGGGAUCACAAAAAAACUGUAAAAUGAGGGAAAACUUAAAAUUAGGGGAUGUAAAAUUUAAGUUUUACUGUAUUUACUUCCCCUUUAAAGUACUUUAAAAUGUAAUUUAAGCACAUUUUCAAUAUACAGUGAUUGCAGAUUUGUACUUUACAGCUCUGUUAAUCACAGGACAUGAAGGGCAUUGUGGGAGCUGGAGUCUUGGCUCCAGGAGAGCUCACUACUGCUGCAGUGGUUUAUUGGUACUUGUAGUCACAACCAGCAGUGCAGAGAAGAGCAAAGGAAAGACAACUUUAAUCCCAGUGAGAAUGAGGAAUGAAUAGUUAUUGGGAAAUUCCUUAGAAUUAUACCUUCCUUAUUCAGGCAAAACAAAAAUGGGUUAAUAUCCCCUUUUGAGGAAGUAAAUAGUAGCAGAACAUUACUCAUUGCCCUUUAUUUACCCAGAAAGUGCCAAUGGCAGGUAAUGAGAAGGUAGGGAAUCCUUGAGCAAAGGCAGCACUUUCUGCCAGGCCUUCCAGAAAUCAUAAUGAACCUGAAUAACAAAAGCUGCAAUGUCUUUCCUCAUCCCAGUGGUUGUCCAGAAAGCCUGUGGCCCCUUCAGUGGGGCCCAUAUUUGAUCGUGCUGCUUAAAGGAACAAUAACACCAAAAAAAUGAAAGUGUCUUAAAGGGGUUGUUCAUCUUCCAAACACUUUUUUUUUUUUUUAAUUCAGUUGUUUUUAGAUCUACAAAUAAAGAUUUUUUUUCAAUUA